AUGGCAAAACACCAUGGCCAGCAAAAACUACAAGAAUCUUGGGAGGAAAAGAUGAUGCGCACAAAGUACCCUAAAAGGUUGAAAGACACUGAUGUAGAUCAACAUGAAAACAAAUCAAUGGUUAAGAGGUACCGGUCUCAAAGGUGAAACCGAAGGCCUUAUGAUUGAAGCACAAGAUUUGAGCCUAGCUACCUGCUCUUAUCACUUAUCCGCUCUCACUGCAGGAUCUGCGGAAUAUCUGAAGAGUCUAUUGAUCACAUUGUCUCGGGGUGCCCUGUAUUAGCGAAAACAGAGUACAUUUAUCAGCAUAACAAGACAGCAGCAGACAUUCAUUGGAAGAUCUGCAGAGGUUAUGAAAUCGAUACAACUGAGAAGUGGUAUGAACACCAGCCAACAACAGUAACCGAUAAGAGCGAGGUCACAACACACUGGGAUAUGCCUCUGCACACCGACAGGGAAAUAAAAGCCAACAGAUCCGACAUUGUGGUCAAAGACAAGAAAGAAAGAAGGUGCAUGCUCACUGACAUAUCAGUUUCAUCUGAAAGUAACACCUCAGCAAAAUUCACAGAGAAGUUGUCCAAGUAUAAAGAUUUGGAAAUUGAAGUCAAUAGGAUGUGGGGUAUGAAAACAGAAACAAUACCAGUGGUCGUUGGAGCCCUAGGGCUUACUAAGAAGAGACUAGACAACGUCAUUAGUAGAAUCCCGGGUAACAUUAGCACCAAUUAA